UUAUCUUAAAUAAAUCUUAAAAUAACGGAGCUGCUCUACUUACAAUUAUCUACCAUCUGAUUAUUAUUUAUUUUUAUGGAAUAAAUAAGUUACAAAAGCGAGCGCACAAUUGUUGAUUGAUUGAUUGUUUGUUUGUUUGUUCGAAAAAAUAACAUUUGAGAUUUGAGAUCAGAGGUAGAUUAGUAGUUGAGGGUUGACCGUUGAGAAUGUCGGCCAUUGAUCCUAACAACAACAACAAGGAGAAGAAGAAGAUCAUCAUCGACACCGAUCCUGGUAUUGAUGAUACGAUGGCGAUAUUCGUGGCAUUGAGGUCUCCGGAGGUGGAAGUGAUUGGACUCACCACCAUCUUCGGCAACGUCUACACCACUCUCGCCACCAGAAACGCCUUGCAUCUCUUGGAGAAUGCUGGGAGAACCGAUAUCCCUGUCGCUGAAGGAUCUCAUGUCACCAUCACUAACGGCACAAAGCUUCGUAUAGCUGACUUUGUUCAUGGCGUGGAUGGACUUGGCAACCAAAAUUUCCCUCCACCAAAAGGAAAGCCCAUUCAACAGUCGGCACCUGCUUUUCUGGUUGAACAAGCCAGCCUUUACCCUGGACAACUAACCGUCGUAGCCCUCGGCCCCCUUACAAACAUUGCACUGGCUAUUCAACUCGAUCCCGCUUUUGCAAAGAAUGUUGGCCAGAUUGUUGUUCUUGGUGGUGCUUUCUUCGUCAAUGGGAAUGUCAACCCAGCUGCAGAAGCCAAUAUAUUUGGGGAUCCAGAUGCUGCAGAUAUUGUAUUUACUAGUGGAGCAGAUGUCUUGGCUGUAGGGAUUAAUGUUACUCAUCAAGUCAUUUUGACGGAUGCUGAUCGAGCUGUAUUGGCGAGUUCCAAUGGAAAAUUUGCUCAAUACUUGUGCAAAGUUUUAGAGGUGUACUUCUCGUAUCAUCGUGAUUCAUAUAGCAUGGGAGGAGUUUACCUUCAUGAUCCGACGGCCCUUCUUGCAGCCGUGAAUCCGUCGCUAGUGACUUACACAGAGGGUGUUGUGAGAGUCCAGACUAGUGGAAUCAGCAGAGGACUCACCAUAUUGUACAAUAAACAGAAAAGGUUUGGGGAAGUGACAGAAUGGUCGGAUAAACCAACGGUGAAGGUGGCGGUCACGGUUGAUGCUCCUGCUGUCAUCAAAACAGUGAUGGAACGUCUCAUGGAGUCGUGAUACACGACUGAUCUCCAAUCUCUACUGCUUCAUACAUUUAUGUAUAUUAUGUGAACCUUUCUUCUCAAUUUGUUACACUUAAACCUGUUGUUUUUGUUGUGGACUUCGCUGUUAGUUGUUUGGAAUUUGGCAUUUCAUUAUUACAUGCUGAAUAGGCAAAGCUUUGGUCGAGGAGGUAAAACUUUAGGACAUUUGGAUGCUCAUGCCA